ACAUCAAGACCCUGGUUCUGAUUGACAUUUCAUAAAAAAGAUCUCGUCCUCAUUUAGAAUAAUAUUGCUCAUAGCGAGGAAUUCCUUGUUAAGUCUUUACUAACACCGUCAUCCACCAUGGGUCUCACCCCAGUGCACUUCUUCUCGCACGGCUCAACAAUGAUGCUGGGCGAGGAGUCCGAAUCGGCCGACUACUGGCGCAAAUGCGGUGCCGAAGCUCUCGCGCGCGGAAUCAAGGGUGUUGUCAUAAUGGGCGCACACUGGGACGUCCUGAAUGACGGCCUCGAAGUUGCUACAAACCCAACUCCCGCGAAAUCCCCCGUCGCCUACGUCCACCCGGACAAAUACGAGAACUACAAACUCAACCCCGACAUCCCAACCGCCCACCGAUGCAUCUCCAUGCUCCGUGCCGAAGGCUUCAACGCCAACCCCAACAGCACCUUCGACUGGAUCCAUGACGUCUACCUAAUCCUAAUCCACAUGUUCCCAACCCAGUGCCCACCCACCACCAUCAUCAGCAUGAACGCGCGCUACGACCCGCACUACCACAUGAAGAUCGGAUCCGUGCUGCGUCCUCUCCGCGCCGAGAACUACCUCUUCAUUGGCACGGGGGGCGCGGUGCAUAAUCUCUACCGGAACAGGUGGGCGCCGAUGCUGCGGUUCCGGGAUAACUUCGCCAUGGAGACGCCGCCCGAGGACUGGGCGCUGGAGUUCCGGCAGGCGGUUGAGGACGUUAUUACGAAGACGGGGGGUGGGCCGGCUUUGAGGCGGGCGAUGACGAGGUUGAUGAAGCAUCCUAGGUUCCGGGAUGCGCAUGGCACGGAUGAUCACUUUAUGGCGGCGUUGUUUGUGGCGGGGCUUGUCGGGGAUUGGGAGGAUAGAGGGGUGAAUGGGGUGCUUGCGGCGGAGAGUUGGGAGUUGACGAAUAUGUGUAAUUCGCAGUUUACGCUUGGGAGCUGGAAAGAGACUGCUGUGGGUGCCUAGUCUCUGCCAGUACUUGGUCUGGCUUUGUUGUGGUGGCUUACAUAGCUCUUAUUUACUUGGUGGAAAUGGUUCAUGUUUUAUCUAUAGUGCUAAGCAGCAGUCAGUAUGGUACAGUGUAGUAUAUUCAUCAUAUUCCAGGCUACGUAUAAGGACUUACGCUUGGUGUACUGCUGAUGCAUUUCAUAAUGUACACAUUUGUCGUGCCA